AUGAUAUCGGUUCCUACUAGACCUGAGGCUACGAGAUUACUUUCUCUGGUGAUGGUCAACGAGUUUAAUUUGGAGUGGUCCGGCUUCGCGGCCCGGGGUAUCGAGUCCUCGAAAGUUGCUUUCUCCGAAAUCGACCAAAUCAUCGCCGAAGUUAAACAAACGCUGGAGUUCAUCACGCUACAUCGAAAUGAAUACGCAAGACGUACAGAACUUUACCAGCACGCUCUGUCGAAGGCUCGCCUUCUGCCAGACGAGGUUUUGUCGGAAAUUUUUCUGCAUGCCGUUGUCGACCAGGCGAAGGACAUGGCCCAACUGCACAUACGACACGCAACACACGAUUCUCAAAUCCUUCCAUACAUUGGAAGAAAUAACACGGACAGCCAGUCUAUGACAACGAUUACCCGCCGCCUCGGGAAGGCCCUCAAACUUUCUCGCUCCGUUCCGCUUAGAGUUUGCUUCAAAACUCUGAUAAGCCGAAUUGAUCCAAUUGUCGAGACACUCUCGCCUUAUUCCGAUCGUUUCGACCACCUUGAGGUAACUAGCUCCCUCUUUUCGCUUCAAAAUCUCACUUUGCAAAUUCGCGGGAAUCUUGCCUUGCUGAAUUCCCUUCGGCUUUUAUUAUGGGAGGACAACACGAGAGAUGCAAAAGAGCUAUCUCUCCCUCUUUCGGGAUUUCUCGAUGCACCAUCGCUUCGCGAAAUAGUGAUCAAAGUGGCACCCCUCACCCAUGCGCGUCUAGAGACCUGGAUAGCUUUUCCAUGGCGUCAACUGAGCAAGGUGUCUGCCUCGGGAAUUGAUAUUCGGUCCAUAAUGUCCUUCCUCUGCGCAGCGACAAUUCUAGAGCAAUGCAUCCUGGGGCGCGUUGUUCUCCUUCCCGCUGAUGAAGAUAUUAUAACCCCGGUUUCCAAUACAUCUCUGCGCGAGCUCUGCAUCCAUUGGGCCAACGAUAGACCCGUUGGAAACGGCUUCUUUGGCGCUAUCACUCUUCCGGCCCUCCAGAAGCUCUCACUCACUACGAAUGAGAUAAACUUCACCCAUCUAGCUGACUUCAUUCGCAGGUCGUCUUGCAGCCUGACAUUCUUUGACGUCGUAUGGGAGCGCUUUGCGGGAAACCCCAGUCAUCUUUAUUCCCUAUUUCAUUCUGUAACAGAUCUUGGCAUUGGGGCACAGGACUUCAUGAAAGCCUGGAAAGAGGACCCACAGCUCUUUCCCAAGUUACGCCACUUUCUGAUUACCAGAGAUGACGAGUGCCACGUUGUUGCAACUGGCCCAAACAUUCUUUCCGUCACUGAUAAAGCUGGUGCAUCAUUUGUGACACUCGAUGCAUCCCUCUUCGAAACAGUCAUCCUUUGGGCUCCCGCUUUUUACGACGAGCAAUUCCGCAUUCUGGACCGCUGGCCUCCGAAUACUCAAGAUUACGAAUUCCUUCUCCAACGGGUUGCACAACUGAACCAUCUAUACAAGAACUUCAGUACCAGGGAUAAGGAUCCUGUGGUAUCACAGGUAGCUAAAGUCUUGGUGGACAUCGAAGGGAUUGGAGAUAUCCCGGUUCAAUUUGUUCACGUACGUGCACCGUUAACGUCUGAUCCCGUAGGCAUCGUCGCUGCUCGAUAUCCUUCGACGCCUCCUUUUAUUUCUCAGUUCUGA